AUGGGGGUGACCGUGGAGGCGCGCAAGGUUUACAGAUACCCCUUCGAGCAGGUAGUAGCCAGCUACCUCCGCAAGUAUCCAAGUCCCAUGGAGAAGCAUGUCACGGCUGUAAAAACAGUAGAAGAAAAAACAGAUUUGUCUACAGGAAUCAUAUACCGGAGGAGGAUUGCAACAUGCCAGAAUGUAAUUCCACACUUUUUAAGACAGGUAAUUAAUGUCAGUCAAGUGCCCGAGGUCUACCUAGAAGAAGAAUCUUGGCUUAAUAAGCAGGAUAGAAUUAUGUCUAUGAAGACUCGGUGCCUCACAUGGACACAGUAUGCUACUAAGGAAGAGUCAGUCUUCAGGGAAAGUUCGGAGAAUCCAAACUGGACAGAGUUCGUUCAGAAUGGCAAAGUAUCAAUAAGAGGGUCAGGUCUACUGAACUGUUUCCUGGAAGUUUUUGCACGAACCUUUCUAAAUCAAGGAGUGAAAAGGGGUGUUACGAUAAUGGAGAAACUUCUACAAGAACAGUUUGGGAGCCCCUUUUUGUAAUGAGGAAAUGAGGAGAAAUCUCCAUGUGUCUAAAGUAGAACCACAGCAAUAUGUCCUCAUUACCAGGCCUGCUUCUUGCUGAAGUUAACUUUAUGGGUUAGAAUAAGGAAAGACUGAGUUGAAGGAAGACCAAUUGUCUACAAACUAAGCAACAUAUGUGGAAUGGCACAACUUAAAAUCUGUGAACCAGUGUGAUCAUGGCGAACGAAAGUGUGGUUUGGAAAAAUACAUCACUGUGUAGUUGCACUUUAAUCUCCCGUAGAGUAAUCAUCAAAAGACACCCCCCCGGCCCCAAAACUACACACAUUGGCUCUAUAGAGAGACAAUCAGUCAAAAGGAACAAGAUUUUAGUCUUCUUUUAAUACAUGGUCCGUUGUUCAGGGCAGAGAAUCUAUUCCACAGCAGUGAAACUGAAAUGGAGACAUUUUCUUAACAGGUACAGUGAAUCUAUAUCUCAUGAAGACUCUACAUGAACUGCAAGAUUAUUUUAGUUUCAAAAUUAUUAUAUUAUGCAAAUACAAUUCUUAAAAACCCCCAAAAUGCUAUUAAUGCAUCUCCAGUUUGCCAAUGUAUCCCUCUAAAAUGUGAACUGUUGCCAAACCU